UGGGUGCACAUUUCCAUCCCAUGGCCCUCUCUAGGUGAUCCAACGCCGCCACUCUCCAGCAGGUGUCCAACAUGGCGAGCACGGCAAGCGGAUCUCUCGCUCUCUCCUUCUCCCUUGUCGUGAUUUCAAUGGCCUUCUUCCACAAAGGAGCUGCUGAAACCAUCACAGUGGAAGGUCAGAACUUGGCAACAGAUAACAUUACGGUGGUGGAGGGCGAGAUGGCCACCAUCAGCUGCAGGGUGAGGAACAACGACGACUCGGUCAUCCAGCUGCUCAACCCCAACAGACAGACCAUCUACUUCAAGGAUGUCCGACCCCUGAAGGACAGCCGGUUCCAGCUGAUGAAUUUCUCUGACAACGAACUGCGGGUGUCCCUGUCCAAUGUGUCGCUCUCCGACGACGGACGCUACGUGUGCCAGCUCUACACUGACCCCCCUCAGGAGGCCUACGCCGACAUCACCGUCCUAGUGCCCCCGGGAAGCCCUAUCAUCGAGAGCCGCGAGGACGUGGUCAGCGAGGGCAACGAGACGGAGCUAACCUGUACGGCCAGCGGCAGCAAGCCAGCAGCCUCCAUCAGAUGGAUGAAAGGAGAUGAGGAAAUGACAGGUGAAACAAUGGUGGAGGAGACAUACGACCGGAUGUUUACCGUCACCAGCCGCGUGCGAUUCUUAGUCAGCAAAGAAGACGACGGCGUGCCGGUGGAUUGCAUCAUCGACCAUCCGGCCGCGAAUGACCUGCUGGCUCAACGGAACCUGGAAGUGCUAUAUAAACCUGAAGUGAAGAUUGUGGUGACGUAUCCCGAAGGAUUAACUCGAGAGGGCGAUAAUCUUGAUCUGACGUGCAUUGCAGGAGGAAAACCACAGCCUCAUCAGAUCAACUGGCUAAGGGUGAACGAGGACAUGCCGUCUCACGCCGUUGUCACCGGCUCGGACUUGUUCAUUGAGAACCUCAACAAGUCCUUCAACGGCACGUAUCGCUGUGUGGCCUCCAACACGGUGGGCGAGGCCUAUGAUGACUAUAUCCUCUACGUGUACGAUGCUCCCACUACUAUCCCCACACCCACCUCCAACCCAGUCAACACGCAAGACUCCCGAGCCGGUGAGGGCGCGCCACCCAAACUCGACCAUGCUGUCAUCGGCGGGGUGGUUGCCGUGGUGAUGUUCGCCAUCCUCUGCGCUCUGAUUGUUCUCGGCCGGUAUUUUGCCAGACACAAAGGCACUUACUUCACGCACGAAGCCAAAGGGGCGGACGACGCAGCCGACGCCGACACGGCCAUCAUCAACGCCGAGGGCGGACACACCAACACGGAUGAGAAGAAGGAGUAUUACAUCUAAAGUGUGGAAGGAAGGCUGGUGGUGUCUAACUCUGAUUCAGAUCAUUGUUUGGUGGUUGGCGGGGUAGGGAGAAAGAUGAUUUAGAGAGGAAGCGAAAUUAGGACUGGCUUGGCUCGUGUUGAGAAGAGUCCCAGUCUCCUGUCUCCUGGACUGCUGGGACCUAAACUUCUGUACAAUUUCUUUCUUUUACAGACUAUUUCGUGCCUUGUUCGAUCUCCGUUUUUUUUUCUUUCCCGUCGUUAGUCCCACUCACGUGCUUGUUGGUUGAGAUGUUUGACUGUGGACCCAAUCUGAAAGUGGCAUGUUGUGCGCCCGCGCGACUGUGUGUGUGUGCGUGUGUGUGUGUGUGUAUUAUGUUGUGCCGCCAAUCAAAAGGAGGAUGGUCAUGACCCUUUUUACUCUGCAGUCAUCUUAUCGAAGACAUAUCAUGCCAUUUUGACCUAACUUAAAGCAGUUCCCAGAUGUGUAAAUGUCAUAUCUGUAACUUGUUUGAUUCCAGAUUCCCCCAAAUAAAAAAAUGAUUGUGUCAUGCAAAUUAGCCACUGUUCACCCCUCCACUCUCUCCCGUGGGGUGUGCCAAUCCAACUAGAGCUUUGCAUUUCCAUAGGGACCAGUUGCAGAUGUAUUGAGCCCCAUAUUAAAAAGCAAGCGCAUCUGAGCGCCCUUUAAGUACCGUUAGUCCCCAAGUCGUUUUCCUUCAGUUUCAUUGUCGUACUAAUUUUUCACAUACUGGCAAACUUUUGUCAAUGCAGGGUGAGAGUGGAGUAAUUGAGUUUCUGACGUAUCUUCCCAAUUGGAAAUUAAUCACCAUACUGAAGAACGGUGGUUGGGGACCACUGAAUUGGUAUGUAGAUUUAUGAACGUGGCACCUGCAGCAAAAACAUCGCCAAACACUGUGACAUCAUAGGCAAGCCAAAAUCGAAACAGCUUGCUUACAGGCACAUUUUCGGCAAUUAAAAGAUAAGAUAAGAAACCUUUAUUGGUCUCGCAAUGGAGAAAUUCCCGAUUCACAGCAGCAAAGUUAUGAAAGGAAAAGCCAAUUUUUUGCAAUAAUGCCCCCUUUCAGAGUCAAACGUACGUUCUGGGUCAUAGUUCAGCUGUUAUUGCAAUUUCAUCUCCCAAUCACUAAUAUUUACAGUUGAUGCUGUUGGAUUACACGUGAAUGUCAGACAAAACAAAAAGAGUUGAAGUCGGGAGCCACUUUAUUAGGGAUACCGGAUCAAAGCUGUAUGGUGUCAUCGGCCCACAAAACUGAAGAUUGCCCUCACACUGUUUUGUUAUUGUAACAUAUUUGUGAGCUAUGAUUGAAGUUUUUUUGGUUAUGUGAGUACCUUGAAGUCUGUCCAUGAAUCCAGAACCAAACCAACUGCUUGUUGAUAUGCGACAAUUUCACGAUGAAAAGGGCAAAAGUCAAAUUCCCAUGACAAAGUGGUACUUUUGUCAUAAUUUUAAAGAAUAAGUCUACUUAUCAAAAUUUCAUAAGGAGAAAUGUAGCAUUUUAUAAAAAGAAAGUUAAAUUAUGAGCAAAUGUGGUCAGUUUAAUGCGCAUUAAAUUCGUAAAACUUCAUAAUUGUAGGAGGGAAAAAAGUCGAGUAUCAUGGAAAACAAAACGUAAUUAAGAACGUAUACAAAUAUAAAAUAAUUAUCGGAAAAGAAGUUUAACAUAUUAAAUCUCUCUUUUUUUUUUUUAAAGAGGGUUGAUGUUGUACACUCGCGACAUUUAACCAUAUGCGUUUUUCACAAAUGUGCAUGUAUAUAGUACUGUAUUAGCAAUUUUUAUUAUCAGGUCUCCAGAGAGACUUGUUUCAGACAUGGUGCGGUUUGUCAAAGUGGGUGUUUAGAUAUUAACUGGCUAAAUUAUGACUCUGUUCUUAGAAUUUUAAAACGUAAUUUUUGAAAUUUAAUGCGAGCCGUUCUGAAAGCACGUUGUGCCUGAUAAAGAGGGAUUUUUUUGUCACCCGAUGAAAAGUCGCCCGUCUGUGUCUGUGUAAAUGUCAAGACAGCAGUUAUCUUUAGGCAUUAGCCGUGGUGUAAAGUUGAGUCCAAUGAUAGCUGAACAAUGUUCAUUAUUGAGUUGAUGUCAGUUUCGAUGUUUUUGGAGUUAGCAUAAAUGCUAACAAAAAAAGGGAAUGUUUUAUUCUCAUAUAGCUGAUCUUGAUCUAUUCUUUUCUCUGUUGUUUUUAUUAAGAAAUAUGGUCACAAAAUAUCAUUUACAUAACAUUGAUCAGCCUGGUUUAAAAAAAAAACAGAAGAGAACGGAUUAGUGUGCUAAAUUUGUCUUGGUUCAAUUAAUUAGAUUUGUUGAGCAUAAAGAUUGGAUGAACGUUAAAUCUAGCAUUAUGCUCAUGUUUAGCUCAAAGGUGA